AAACAGCUGUUUUUAACGUUUUUGCAGAACAUGACAAAAUGAAAGGGGAAAUCUUCCCUUUGCCUUAUUUUAGCUACACAACUAUGAUUACCAGAUUUACUUUACUCAAAUACACAACAGAAAAAAAAAUAAUUCUAGAUAUGGUAUUUCAGUAGCAGAAUAGUAUCAUAAAUCAGUGCCCAGCAUCCCAAAAUGAUUUCCAUCUAAUGUUUUAACCAGUAAGUACUACUUUAUAGGCGGUACGCGAAUGUACCACUGCAUUUUAAAGACAUCGCUAACAGGUUGUUAGCCGCAGUUAGCUGUUGUUUUCGUUCCAAGUUUUUUUUUUACAGGAAAGUACUGUAUAAAACAAUUUAAUGAAUUUACAUGGUUUUAGAGGAACCUUUAUACGGGAAACUGUAUUUGGACGUCUCGAUUUAAGAACGACGUUAACUUUAUUUAGCUAACUUCUGACUUUUAACCAGCUAUUGUUAGCAGCCAGCCUUACUAUGCUGUAAUUAUCUGCUUUUAAACUUUAUCCGUGGACCUUUUUGUAUUAAUGGGAGAUAUAAAUAUUCAAUACAGAGGAGUCUGAUAAAUCAUUAACAUGUCGCUGAAUGACAAAUGAUUCUUGAUUAGUCUUGUUUGCAAAUAUUGUUAGUAUCAGCUGAAAAGUCACAUGCAAGCUGUGUUUACCUGUAUAACUAACAGUGCUAACUAAAUUCUCGUGUUUCCGAACCAUACGAUGAGCUAAUUUAGAGAAGAAUGUCAUAAUAGUUGUUUUUUUUUAGUUUAGUUUAUAAGGAAUGUCUAAAGUAUCAUUGGGUUAUUGAAUAGAAUAAGAGCGUUUAUUUACGAGUCGCCAUGGCAAGUGCCUUAGCAGCAAAAAUGAGAUUCAACUCUUUGGUUAGAAAACAAGCCAAAUACUUUAAAGUAAAGAUAUGCACCAUGGAGUCAGACAUGGAGUUCAAGUGCGAGAUGAAGUGGAAAGGAAAAGACCUUUUUGACUUGGUGUGCCGGACUUUGGGACUGAGAGAAACCUGGUUCUUUGGGCUCCAGUACAACAUAAAGGACACAGAGGCUUGGCUGAAGAUGGAAAGGAAGGUUUUAGACCAAGAGGUCUCAAAAGAAGAACCAAUCACCUUCCACUUCCUGGCCAAGUUUUACCCAGAAAAUGCCGAGGAGGAGCUAGUGCAAGAUAUCACUCAGCGUCUCUUCUUUCUACAGGUAAGGAAGAAGAUCCUUGAAGAAGAAAUCCACUGUCCUCCAGAGGCCUCUGUGCUGCUGGCAUCCUAUGCAGUCCAUGCCAAGUACGGAGAGUACGACCCUGAAGUUCACAAACUGGGCUUCCUGGCUGAGGAAGGACUGCUGCCAAGCAGGGUUAUUAACUUGUACCAGAUGACUGCAGAAAUGUGGGAGGAGAGGAUCACAGCAUGCUAUGCCGAGCACAGAGGAAGAACAAAGUAAAACUGCUGCUUAUGAGU